AUGUCAACACCCGAAGAUCAAGAGCUAAUGGCUAAGAUUAGCAAAUUAGCUGGUCAAAUUAAUCGCCACAAAGCCCAGCGCGAUGGCGUGAAUUCGGAUCCUAACCCCCCUUCCCGAGCAUCCCAUUAUCGUACUGCCCCGUAUCCUCGUGGAGGCUAUCGUGGCGGACGUGGCAGACCCCUCCCGACCUAUCGUAAUAAAACUCUGGUUCUCAAUGGACAAUCUCGACCUGCAGCCGACAGUAGUGAUGCCACCAACGAGACUUCCGAUCCUGCGUCUCCGUCGUGGGUCACGAAGACCGAUCGUCAUAUGCAGCUGAUCAACACUUCUGUAUACGAGAAGGAAUCGCAGCAACGCGCCAGUGCCAUAGAGCAGACUCAUCGCCAGAAACAAUUUCAAAGGAACAACCGCGAGAAGGCUGUUUUUAUGAACAGUGUGAUUCAGGGUGGUGCUAAUGGUAAACCCGUUGGGCUUCCUAGCUCAUCCACAUCAGCUUCCCAAUACGAGGUUGUGCUGGAUGGCAUUCUAUUUCGAGUUGUGCAGCAAGGCAGCAAGCUUGUGAAAGCGCCCGACGACGUAAACCCCCCUUCGGCUACCCCCAAAGUAACAUCAAUCGGUGGUGUCAAAUUUCAUCGUACUAAGCACGGCAACCUUGUAAGACACGGUGUCGUAAAAGCCCAGCGGUUUGCUGGCGGAGUUAAGAAGGUCAACGAGCAGUGCAAGACCUUUUCAUGGACCGGUAUCGUCUUCCUUCAUACUACGAAAAAGCCCAUCUCGCGACUCGUGGAGACCUGCGGAUCAUGCCCGAAAGGCCCUGGAUGUCGGUAUAUCCACGAUGCUUCCAAGACGGCCAUCUGCCGAGAGUAUCUUUUAAAGGGUAAAUGUCUACAAGGUGACGCUUGUGACCUUUCACAUGACAUUACAGAAGAGAGAACCCCUCUCUGCGUGCAUUUCGCCAAGGGCAAUUGCCACAACACCUCGUGCUCGUAUAUCCAUGCGGCACAUUCCCCAACAGACCCCGUAUGUCGAUCCUUUGGGAUUUAUGGAUACUGCGAGAAAGGAGCGCAAUGUCCUGACCGUCAUGUAUUCGAGUGUCCUGACUUCAGCAACACCGGUGUAUGUAAGCUCAAGGGUUGUAAGCGGCUUCACAUCGAAAGGGCGAGUGUCCUUCGAAAAGCAAACAACCAUGCAUCUUCUGAGGAUACAGACGUAUCUAGCGACGAUGAUGACGCCGCAGCAGACAGCGAUGACAUCGACUCAGAUGAGGUCGAGGAGUUUAUCAAAAACGAUGGCGAAGAGGACCUCGAUUUUGUCCAGCAAAGGGAUUACAUUGGAUUUUAA